AUGCGCCAUCGGGAUCUCGACUUCAACCUUGUGGGCCUGGCUUUCGCCAGACAGGUGGCCGACCUCAGCCACCAGGCGCUUGGGGAGCGCGUCAAGAAAGGUCCCAACACCUACACGGCUGAGACGGUGGCAGGCAUCAAGUCCGGGCUGAUGGGCCACGGGGUGAAGCGCAUGACUGCAGCGAUGCUAGCCCACGUCGGCUCGCAGCUCAACCCCAUCGACGCCGGCCAGGGCCUGCACGUCCCGAGCCUCUGGGUCUGGAUGCGCGACAUGAUGACCAUGGCCACUGUGGAGGUAUUUUACGGGCAUGCGAACCCCUUUCGAGCCGACCCGGCUGGCCUGGAUGCGCUCUGGGACCUUGACGAGGCCCUCGACUCCAUGCUGUUCCUCCCGCCUGCCAUGGCCCGCGCUGGUGCCCGCCACCGCGAUCGCAUCGUCAGCACGCUUCGGCCGUAUUUCGAUGAGCGGAUGGACCUGAACGAGGACGUCUCAGAGUUUGUUGCGCUGCGCACUGCGGCUCCGGUCAAGCGCAAUGUGCUGGGCGAUGACCUUUGCAAGGGCGAGGUUAUCAACAUCUGGGUAUCAACGGCGAACUCGAUCCCGGCACUUUCCUGGACUCUGAUUAACAUCUUGUCGCGGCCCGAUCUCGCUGGCAAGAUCUGCAACGAGGUCCUCCCCUUGGUCACUUACUCAAUCAAGGAUGGACUGAGAAAAGCGACACUUAAUCUUCGUCUUGUUGAAAAACAGUGCCCUCUGCUGCUCAGCUGCCAACGCGAGACUAUGCGUGCGAUCAACCAUGCUGUGGCAAGGCGGGCCGUUACAAAGGACACCCAGCUGACGGACGAGGAUGGCACUACGUAUGUUCUCAAGAAGGGCAACGACGUAAUGUGGUCUUCCAAGGUAGCACAUGAGAUGACCGAGGUCUGGGGCCCGGACGCCCUUAAGAUCGACCCGGAGCGCUUCGUGGGCUCCGCCGGCUCCUACGGCUCCUACGCGGACAAGGAUCUCGAGAGGAAGCGCAGGGCAGCGUCCCAUCUCAGCCAUUUGUGCUCAUUCUUUCUCUUCCUAUGCUCCGUAUGGCCCUCCUCUUGCAAGAAGGAGUUUAGUCCUUUGUCCAUGUUGCCUCGGCCAUACUAA